CUAGCUUGUAUUUGGGGCUUAACAAGCACGUUUAAUCACUUCUUAGAAUAAUUUUAAUGUGAAUUUUGUUGUGUUUUAAGUCAUUUAAAAAUAAUGUUAGUGUAAAGUGUUAUCAUAUGUUGAUAUUGGACGUGUUUUAGGAUAGUAAACGAAAUUGUUUAGCAUUAGCCUCGCUCUGGCUAGCUUGUUUGGAUUUCUCCACUUGUAAAACGGUUUUUCUACAACAGUGAAACGUGUAGGUACACGCAGCAUCUGCUUAACUUUAGAACAUGUCAUUUCUCGCCUUGCUUCUCUGGGUCUGAGCCGCCUAAUGACACGGUUCAGGAACCCGCAUGACCGAGAAGCAGCAGCAGCAGCAGAAGAAGCAGAAGAAAAUUUGUCCAGCCCCUCUUGAAGAUUUCCUGCCUCGUGAAAAAGCUGCACACAUACACCUCGCUGCUUCCAGGUCCAGUGGUGCUCCCCGAGGAUAUCUCUGUUUUACCCACAUCUUUCUCAAACUCAGUCCCAAGGGACUCUAUAAUGAAGGUGAAAGGUCUGUGCAAAUUUUGUGAUGAGCAGCAAACCACCUGCACAGGUACAGGGAGCUGCCACGUAGAGUGUGACCGAACGUCCAUCUGCCCCGAUGAGGACGACGUGUGUGUUACUAUUUGGAGGAAGAAGGAUGACAACGCCACCUUUGAUACGGUGUGCCACAAUCCAGCUCAUAAACUCUACGGCCUGAUGCUGGAGGAUUACAACAGCAGCAAAUGUGAAAUGAAAGAGAAAAAGGGCAUGGGCUCGCAGUUCUUCAUCUGCUCCUGCUCCGAUGAAGAGUGUAACGCCCUCGUCAUUUUUAACCAAAAUUCCCAGGUGGGGGCUGUCAUCAUAGUCAGCUUGGUCCCUCUCCUAGUGAUGGCCGUUGUUGUCAUCACCUUCUUCUACUGUUACCGGGUUUACCGCCAGCGCCAAGCCCACUCCAGGCACAAGAAAGUACCGCCGCUGGACUUCAGCGACGCUCGCCCCAUAAUAGACAUCGAGGGCUCUGAUAGCAGCUCCACACACGCCAACAACCUGAACCAUAACACAGAGCUGCUGCCCAUUGAGCUGGACGUUCUGGUAGGUAAAGGACGCUUUGCUGAGGUCUACAAAGCCAAACUGAAGCAGGGUUCCUCAGUCAGCGAAGAGCAGGGCUUUGAGACGGUGGCAGUGAAGAUUUUCUCCUAUGAGGAGUACGCUUCCUGGAAGAACGAGAAGGACAUUUUCUCAGACGCGGACCUGAGACAAGAGAACGUGCUUCACUUCCUGACAGCAGAGGAAAGGAAAGUGCAGAGACAGUACUGGCUGAUCACAGCCUACCAGCCUCUAGGAAACCUCCAAGAGUACCUGACCCAUCACGUUAUCGGCUUAAACGACAUGAUUCUGCUCGGAAGUUCACUCUCAUGCGGUGUGGCACACCUUCAUAGUGACCAGACUUCCUGCGGCCGCUGUAAGGUGCCAAUCGCCCACAGGGACAUUAAGAGCUCCAAUAUCCUCGUGAAAAAGGACUUGACAUGCUGUCUUUGUGAUUUUGGCCUGGCUCUGCGGCUGGACAGCACGCUGUCUGUGGAUGAGCUGGCCAAUAGCGGGCAGGUGGGCACAGCAAGAUACAUGGCCCCCGAGUUGCUGGAGUCCAGAAUCAAUCUGGAAAACAUUGAGUCUUUCAAACAGGCUGAUGUUUAUUCCAUGGCUCUUGUUCUGUGGGAGAUCAUCUCCAGGUGCAGUGCAAUCGGAGAGGUAAAGGAGUACGAGCCUCCAUUUGGGAACCUGAGGGAACACCCGUGUGUGGAGAGCAUGAAGGACAGUGUCCUUAGGGACAGAGGAAGACCUGAGAUCCCCAACAGCUGGACCAGCCACACGGGCGUCCAGAUGGUGUGUGCCACCAUACAGGAGUGCUGGGAACAUGACCCAGAGGCCCGCCUAACGGCGCAGUGUGUGGUCGAGCGCUUCAACGACAUAGACUACCUGGACAAGCUGUCGGAUUGCUCCGAUUCAGAGCAGAAGAUCCCAGAGGAAAUCAUUAUUGUAGAUGAAAAGUAGACACUCUGAAGAAACGCCGCCCCCAGCAGGGUAACUGAGGAAUUACAACCAAAGAGAUGGGGAAAGGAAGGACUCUUGAGUGGAUGGCUUGUUUAAAUCAUCACACAGCAAACUGGAAAUUUAUGAACAUGAUGCGUUUCCUGGAAAAGUUAGGAACUAACUCGGGAGAUGAAAUUGUAAAGUUGUUUUUUUUUUUUUUUAAACCAAGUACUAUUUGCACUUUAACAUAUCUAUGCACACCAAAUUAUAUGUAACCAGUGUGUUGUUUCAGUUAAACACUUCAGGUAUUAAAAUAAGCAGACGGCACACAUUUUCCAAAAGGAGACAUAAAGGGAGUGACACAUUCAAUACAUGAAAAUCCUGUUUUGGAUGAGUGUCAAAAGGGAAUAAAUGGCAUAUAAAGUGUGCAAGAUGGAUUAAUGUUAACGAAAAGGAAAUGACAACAAAAGAUCUGCUCAAGGCAGGAGUAUUGUGUAGGAAAUGUAAUAUAUUUCAAGGAUUAUGAACAAAGACACUCACUAGAAAGCUAAGGAAAUGCUUAAAACCUCUUAAAUAUUUUAUAAAUAAGAAUUAAAAUGUUUUUAAAAGAGGGUGGUUUAGGAGUUUUGUGUAUAUCUGUAUAAACAGUAUUGUGUGUGUUCCUCAGAUGAUUUUGAUGUUUUAUGUCUGCUUGUUCAGACCAAAGGAAUAAAGGGAACAGAGACGACGUGUUAAUCAAGCUAAACUGGACUCUAGGCCUGUUUCCUGUUAUUAAAGCUGAAGUGACUUCUUUUUUGUUUUUCACCUUUUGUGUUUUGUGUUUUACAAAAAUCCAAAGCAUCCAACAGUGUUUAUAAAUAAUUUUGUAUACAUGUUCAUCUAUUAAAUGUUUUUAUCAUAUUUUUAA